AUGGUCAAGCUCGAGGACGUCUCCGGCCUCCUCCAGGCGCCUGCGCCCUCGCAGAAAGUGCCCAUCCGAACCGACUCGACCUACACGCCGCUUCACUCCUUCGCCCUAGACAAACAGCGGUCGUACAAGCAACAGUAUGGCGACAUGUACUUUUUGCGGCUGGCCAAGAUCAAGCCCGCGGUAGAAGAGGUGGCUUCCAAGGCGUGGGAGGGCACCGAGAUUGGGGGGGAGCCGGCCAAGAGGGUUGAUCGAGUGCUUGAUGUGCGGCAGGGCGAGCUGUGUUGGGUUGCGGGCACCGUCUACAUGGACAUGCGGUUGAAGCCCAACAUCCUCGAGGACGUGUCCAAAGAUCGUUGGCUGUCCGCUCCCCUCGCCUCGCAAAAGUACUACUCGGACGACGGGUCCGACCAGAUCAUGCUCGAAGACGACUCGGGCCGCGUUCGCUUGGUGGGAGAGCUGCUCAAUUCCAUCCCCCUCGUCACCGGGUGCAUCAUUGCCGUCAUGGGCACCGAGAACACAAACGGCGAAUUCGAGGUGGUCGAUCUCAAGGUGCCCGAUCUGGCUCCGCAGCCGGAGCGCUGGGCCCUCUCCAAAGCGCCCUCGGCAAGCGGCAAAUCAAAGAGCGAGGACACAGACAUGACCGACAGCCCCUCACCAAACGGCGGCAAGAAGGUUGCCAUAGUGUCUGGGCUGUCCUUUUCCGGUACCGACGCCUCGUACGACCUCGAGCUAAAUCUCCUGCUGGAAUACCUGCUGGGAGAAGCCCUCGGCCCAGAUGAACAGACUAGCAUUUCGCAAAUCAGCAGGCUCAUCAUCGCCGGCGACUCCAUCUCAACAACAGCCAGCAAGGAAAACGACGAUGAAGACGACGAGACCAAGAAGAGGGCACAGAAGAAGUACGGCUACGACGCCAGCGCAUACAACCCCUUACCAUCCCAGCUGUUUGACGAGUUUGUUGCCGAGCUCUUGCCUUCCAUUCCCGUCACCCUUCUCCCCGGUGCUCGGGAUCCCGCCAAUGCAAGCUAUCCUCAGCAGCCGAUCCACACGGCCAUGUUUCCCCUUUCAAGAGCCUACGCGUCAGACCCGGGCGCGGCAUCAACACCCCAGCCUGGCUGGUUCGACGCUGUGACGAACCCCUGGGAGGCGGAAAUAGAAGGAUGGAGGAUAUUGGGCACGGGAGGCCAGAACGUGGACGACGUGUUCAAGUAUGUCGAGAGCGAUGACCGGCUAGGCAUGAUGGAAGCCAUGUGCAGGUGGAGAUGCUGCGCCCCCACCGCACCCGAUACACUAUGGAGCUAUCCAUUCCAAGAAGACGAUCCGUUUGUCCUCAAAUCGUGCCCACACGUGUAUUUCGUCGGCUGUCAGCCCGAGUUUGCGACCAAGGUCAUUCACGGCCCGGAUGGCCAAAGCGUUCGGCUCAUCGCCGUGCCAUCGUUUUCGAAGACCAAGGAAUUUGUGCUGGUGGAUACAGAGACUCUGGAAGUGACAAAGAUUAAGAUUGCUUCGAGGUGA